UUCAUUUGUAACACCCACAUCAUCCCAGUGAAGAAUCAAGAAGGAGUGGCCAUGAUGUUUAUUAUUAGCUUUGAAUAUGUAACUGAUGAGGAAAAUGUGGAGUCUCCAGAGAAAUUCAGCCAGAUACUAACAGCCAAAGUUACAAAUCAUGGUAACAAUCUUUCAAGAGGAGCUUCAUCAGGCAAACUUUUUGGAUUCAGGCUACCUGGGUUAAGUCUUUUAUCCUAUAGAAAGCAAUCUUUGCCACAAGAGGAUCCUGAUGCAGUGAUUGUUGAUUCAUCAAAACACAGUGACAACUCCAUGGCCAUGAAGCACUUUAAAUCUCCUACAAAAGAAAGCUGCAGCCCCUCUGAAGGAGAUGACACCAAGGCACUCAUUCAACCAAGGACGUGUUCACCUCCAGUGAAUAUAUCUGGGCCUCUAGAUCAUUCAUCACCAAAACAGCAAUGGGAUCGGCUGUACCCGGAUAUGCUACAUUCCAGUGCAGCGUUGACUCAUGCUCAGUCAAAAGAGAGCAUUAGUAGUAUACGGAGAGCAUCGUCAGUGCACAACAUAGAAGGAUUUACCAUCCAUCCCAAGAAUAUGUUUAGGGAUCGGCAUGCUAGUGAAGGUCCUUUUAACCAUAUCAAGUCAAGUCUAUUAGGAUCUACAUCUGAUUCAAACCUCAACAAAUACAGCACCAUCAAUAAGAUUCCCCAGCUCACUCUGAACUUUUCUGAUGUCAAAAAUGAAAAAAAAACAUCAUCACCUCCAUCAUCAGAGAAAACAAUUAUUGCACCCAAAGUGAAAGAUAGAACACACAACGUCACUGAGAAGGUUACACAGGUCUUGUCUUUGGGAGCCGAUGUACUGCCAGAAUAUAAACUCCAAACACCCCGCAUCAACAAAUUUACGAUAUUACACUACAGUCCUUUCAAAGCAGUCUGGGAUUGGCUCAUUUUACUGCUUGUGAUCUACACUGCCAUCUUCACUCCUUACUCUGCCGCGUUCCUUCUCAAUGACAGCGAAGAACAGAAGAGGCGGGUGUGUGGCUAUUCAUGCAACCCCUUGAAUAUGGUAGACUUAAUUGUGGAUAUUAUGUUUAUCAUUGACAUUCUCAUAAACUUCCGAACAACAUAUGUCAACCAGAAUGAAGAAGUGGUAAGUGACCCAGCAAGAAUAGCAAUUCACUACUUCAAAGGCUGGUUCCUAAUUGACAUGGUUGCUGCAAUACCUUUUGACCUGCUGAUUUUUGGAUCUGGCUCUGAUGAGACAACAACCCUCAUUGGCCUUCUGAAGACAGCCCGUCUACUGCGUUUAGUGAGGGUGGCCCGAAAACUGGACAGAUACUCAGAAUAUGGUGCAGCUGUCUUGAUGUUACUGAUGUGCAUAUUUGCGCUCAUUGCUCACUGGCUGGCUUGCAUUUGGUAUGCCAUUGGGAAUGUUGAAAGGCAUUACUUGUCUCGCAAAAUCGGUUGGUUGGAUUCCCUGGGACAGCAACUGGGAAAGCAUUACAAUCGAAGUGAUGGCAGCUCCGGACCGUCCAUCAAAGACAAAUAUGUCACUGCACUUUAUUUUACCUUCAGCAGCCUGACCAGUGUAGGAUUUGGAAAUGUGUCUCCAAAUACCAACUCAGAGAAAAUCUUUUCUAUUUGCGUCAUGCUGAUUGGCUCAUUAAUGUAUGCAAGCAUUUUUGGAAAUGUAUCUGCAAUAAUCCAAAGACUAUAUUCUGGAACAGCACGGUAUCACAUGCAGAUGCUGCGUGUAAAAGAGUUCAUUCGCUUUCAUCAAAUUCCCAACCCACUGAGGCAGCGACUUGAAGAAUAUUUCCAGCAUGCAUGGACGUACACAAAUGGCAUUGACAUGAACAUGGUCCUAAAGGGGUUUCCAGAAUGUUUACAAGCUGAUAUCUGUCUUCACCUCAACCAAAGUUUGCUUCAAAACUGCAAAGCUUUCCAGGGGGCCAGUAAAGGGUGUCUGCGGGCAUUGGCUAUGAAGUUUAAGACUACUCAUGCACCUCCUGGGGACACACUAGUCCACUGUGGUGAUGUUCUGACUGCACUUUACUUCCUUUCCCGAGGCUCCAUUGAAAUUCUCAAGAAUGACAUGGUUGUAGCAAUUCUUGGCAAAAAUGACAUUUUUGGAGAGAUGGUCCAUCUUUAUGCAAAACCAGGAAAGUCAAAUGCAGAUGUGAGAGCACUAACCUACUGUGACUUGCAUAAAAUCCAACGAGAAGACUUAUUAGAAGUUUUGGAUAUGUAUCCUGAAUUUUCAGACCUGUUUCUCACCAAUUUAGAGCUCACUUUCAACUUGAGACAUGAAAAUCUAAAAGCUGAUCUCACAAUAAGACGACAGACAACAAAUGAUUCAGAUGGUGACAACAGUAAACUCCGAAGAAGGAAAUUGUCUUUUGAAAGUGACAUAGAUAAAGACUGUGACAAAGAAGAUGAGAAUUCUAUGGACAACAGCAGGCAUUGUCAGGCCACCGAGAAACAUUAUGUGGAAAAGAGAAGCAGGUCGUCAUCUUUUGUGUCAUCCACAGACGAUGAGCAGAAACCCUUGUUUUCUGAGAUGAUAAGCUAUCCACCUGGCCUAGGCAAGACUGCAGUGUUGGAUUUUGAGGAAAUAGUAAAGGCAACAGAAAGAAUCCAAAGUGAUCAACGAAGUCACUCUUGUAAAGACAUCAGGGACAGAAGAAUCUGGGAGGAAGAUCACAGCAGGAGCCACCAAGAAUCAUCAUGUCCAUCUGCAUUACCUCAUGUCACUUGGGGAAUCUCUGAAACAGAAAGUGAAAUCAACUAUGGUGAAGUGGAGCAGAGGCUAGAUCUGCUUCAAGGACAACUCAGCAGGCUUGAAUCCCAAAUGACAACUGACAUUCAAACCAUCUUACAGCUGUUGCAGAGACAGUCCACUCUCAUCCCACCUGCUUAUAGCAUGGUGAUGGCAACUGCAGAUUAUCAGAAGCCAGCCGUCCGGAUACUGCGACGUCUUCAUCCCAUCGCAUCCAUUAAAACAGAUCGAAGCUUCAGUCCUUCACAGGGUCCCAAAUUCUUGGAUCUUGAAAAAUUGAAACAGAAAUCCAAAGAAUCCCUCUCAAGCGGAGAGCGCCUUCCCAUGGCCUCAGAAGAUAACCUGGCCUCCCUUUUGGAACAGGAGCACGCCCGCUCUUUAGAGCCCACCCCACCCCGCCGUAAGACUUACCUCCACCCAAACAGGCACCCAUCCUUGCCUGGUUCCCCCCUAAGCACAACAGGAAUGUUGGGUCUUCAUAGGCAUGUCUCCGAUCCUGGUCUUCCUGGGAAAUGACCCUUUUGCAUUCUUACAUCACCUAAAAUGUAAGUGCUUUUAACGUCUGGGGUUUUCUCUUUCUCUUUCUCUUUCUUUUCUUUUUCUAUCAAAAUCUCAAUACUUGACUCAGGGGCUACAAGGAUAUACCAUUAUAUGCAAAAGUACUGUAUAUUUUCCUAUCUUUGAAGCUUGUAAGGAAAGUUAAUCAGUAACCAUGUAAAUAUAUAAAUAUAUAGAUAUAUACAUAUAUAAACAAACAGUAUGUUGCAAAUAUAAAACUGCCAGCAUUCUCAAAGGCACCUUCUAUUUUUUAAUUUUUUAAAAAGCACCUGCAUGCUUGGAAAUGAUUAUGGUUCUGUUGCAUGGAGGUUCCUAUUUACUCUUUUCAAUGAAAUCCUAUUUUAUUGCGGACAUGCCUUCAAAAAAAGGUAAUAAUGGCCCAAAACAAAAACGCCUUGCUUUUCUUGAACUACUCUACCUUCAAACAAUUUUUUUCUUCUAGUUUAUCUAGUUUAUCUCUUUGGAAAACAAGACAAUUACCCUUCUGGCAUUAAGCAUUUUACAGUCAAAGCAACCUUCUUUGGCUUUGAACAUAAGAAACACAUAGAUUUUCUACAGACACUUUGUGGUUUGGACAUCAUUCAUGUAAAACCCAAUUAGUAAAACACAAAUACAUUUUGGAAAAAGGAAAAAAAACCUGUAACUGGGCCGCAUAAUGGAAAGCAACAUUUGUGACUUCGGUUUACAAUAGUCAAAUCAUUUAAUGUUCUAAUUUCUUUUUCUUUACUAAAAUUUCAUCAUUGCUAUAAGUUGCCACACUCAAAGGCAGCUAGUUGUUAAGACCC